UGCUGUCAAUGAUUAGUGCGGAUGUGCUGGCACAGGGCAGGUAGAGGGAGAGGAAGAGAGGGAGGAAGAGGAGGCAGGCAGGGAGGGAGGGAGGGAAGAAGGAAGGGAGGCAGGGAGGGAAGGAGGGAGGAUGCUGCCAGCGGAAAAUGGCUGCUGCAACCUCAAGCCUAUCCUGAUACACCGAAACGACAUCAAGGUGGAGAGAGUAAGAGAGAGAGAGCGAGAGAGGGGAAGAUUAGGAAAAUGAGAGCAGAUGGAGAGAGAAUGUGAAGCGAGUCUGAGUGUUUCCUGAAAGGAGGAAAUAAAAAGAAGAGGGGGAGAGGAGAGCCUGGGGUGGGCUGCUGCAAGCGGCGGGCAACACCGAGCCAUGGAGGGCGAUGUGCGUGUUCGUGCGGUGGUGCUGACACGUGAUGACUCCAGUGGCGGUUGGGUGUCCCUCGGAGGAGGCGGGCUCAGUCACGUGGUCAUAUGCAAGGGGCGGAGCCUAGACGGCAGGGGGCGCAGGGAGUACAUCAUCCGAGGAGAGCGCCUGCGCGACCAAGCACCAGUGCUGGAGUGUGCGGUCCAGAGGGGGCUGGUGUACAACAAGGUGAAUCCCAUCUUCCAUCACUGGAGAGUGGAGGAUCAGAAGUUCGGCCUUACUUUCCAGAGUCCUGCCGACGCCAUCUCCUUUGAAAAAGGGCUGCAGACCGUCUUAGACAAACUCGACAGAGGCUCUGACUCGCCAUCGUCGUCCACGCCAGAAGAGGUGGACACGGAAGACGAUGGUCAAGUUUCCCAUACAGGAAGCGAGUCGUCGUCCAACAGCAGGAAGGAGAUGCUUCCCAAGCCGAUCACCAUAGUCACAAGCGAGUCCUCCUCCACCUGCUUCGUGCUGCCCGAAGAGUUCAGCUUUGGCUCCACCCAUGCCGUCACCACCCACACACCUGCUCAGAUCCACACCAGGCCAGGACAGCACCAGCUCUCCCAAAUGACCACCGCGUUGAACCCCCCGGCGCCUCCGCCGCCGCCUCCAGCUCCACCCACUCCUCCUGUGGGGCCCCCGGCCUCGUCCCCGCUCUCCCCGCUGUCGCCCACCAUUUCGCUGCUGGAGGAAGGAGACCUGCGCAGCGUGGACCCUUGCAAGGACCUGUGGGGUUCUCGGGGUUACGAGGAUUACAGAUGCGCCGGUGCGACCAGGACUAUGGUUGGGGGCCUGACGGGCGGCGUGGUGGUCGGCGGCGGUGGGAGCCUGCAGGACAAGUCGGAGCUGUGCAUGGCUCGCUUUGAGAAGGAGCUGGCGGGCGUGGGGCCGGCCGGCUGCGAGGUCACCGUGAGCCUGGACAGCAAAGCCUCCCAGCGCCUGUCCUCGUCAUCCCCCACCUGCAUGUCCAUGCCCAACGCCGUGUCCGGAGUGUCCUCAGGUGCCGGCUCGCCGCAGGAGCCCGGCAAAGGCUCGCCGUCCCCCUGCUGCAUCCACGCCUCCCGGACUCGUAAGAGAGGCGGGGCCGGCGGCAGCGACCCGGGCGCCAUCUCUCCCGACGACGACAGUCCGUGCCCCCAGGCGUCGUCGUCGUGCUCGUCUCGCUGCGUCUACUGCCGCUCGGUGUUCAGCGCCUCUGAGAACGGGCGGGGCCGCUGCAGGGACGCCCCCGACCCGGCGCUGCACUGCCUCCGCCAGUGGACCUGCGUGUGGUGCGCGGAGAGCCUGCUGUACCACUGCAUGUCGGACUCGGAGGGGGAGUUCUGGGAGCCCUGUUCGUGCGAUGACUCAAUGGGGGGCCACCCACACCCGCUCUGCUGCGCCCGCUGGUUGGCCCUGCUGGCCCUGUCGCUCUUCGUGCCCUGCAUGUGCUGCUACCUGCCUCUGCGCGCCUGCCUGCGAUGCGGGGAGAGGUGCGGCUGCUGCGGGGGGAAGCACAAAGCGGUCCGAUGAGGCCAGGCUGAGGGGCGGGAGGGGUUCCCUGGACCGGGUGGAACCGAGCACCCGACGGCGGUCCUCCAAAGCCCCGCAGCUUCCCACUGAUUUCAGCUCUUUCUCUUUUCAGCCGGGCGCCUUCCUCGACGGUCCAGGUGCUCUGGACUCUGACUGGGCUCUCUGGGCGUCAUCUGGAGCUUCGUAGUCGAUUCACCGGGGGAGCGCACUGCAAAAACACCAACUCUCACCAACUG